AUGGAUGACCAGCUAAUGAACAAAAAGGAACCUGGUCUCUAUGAGAACCUCCAUCUGGUGUUUUCAGGUGCAACUCCUCCAGGUUUAAAGAGAAAACCCCUGUUCUUCCACCUCCAUUCCCAGUGCAAGCUCACUCAGUGGCAUCAAGUUCCCUGGGGGAGCCAAUCAGUGUCUCCACGGUUCCUGGUUAUAAAGUCUUCACCGACCCGCCAGGACUCAGAUUAUCCUCAGACCCCGAGGAUACGAGUCAGGGCGCCCGGAACCUUCCUCCUGCUGCUCUUGGGGGCCCUUGCCCUGAUGGAGACCUGGGCUGGCCCCCACUCCCUGAGGUAUUUCGGCACCGCCGUGUCCCGGCCCGGCCGCGGGGAGCCCCGCUUCAUCGCCGUCGGCUACGUGGACGACACGCAGUUCGUGCGGUUCGACAGCGACGCCGCGAGUCCGAGGGCGGAGCCGCGGGCGCCGUGGGUGGAGCAGGAGGGGCCGGAGUAUUGGGAAGAGCAGACGGGGAACCUCAAGGACACCGCCCAGAAUUUACGAGUGAACCUGAACACCCUGCGCGGCUACUACAACCAGAGCGAGGCCGGAUCUCGCACCCUCCAGUACACGCACGGUUGCUACUUGGGGUCGGUCUGGCGCCUCAUCUGCAGGUACAGUCAGUUCGCUUACGACGGCCCUGAUUACAUCGCCCUGAACGAGGACCUGCGCUCCCGGACCGCGGUGGACAUGGCGGCUCGGAUCACCUUGAGCAAGUUGGAGGCAACACGUGUAUCGGAGCGGCACAGAAACUACCUGGAGGGCAGGUGCAUUGAGUGGCUCGUUAGAUACCUGGAGAACGGGAAGGAGACGCUGCAGCGUGGGUACUAGGGGGCGCGGGUCGUC